AUGGAGCAUGAUGCCUUGGACAGACUUGUACAAUAUGGCCUGGACGUGAACGAGAAGGGCGACCAUACCUUGGACUCGAUCGUUGCAUUCAGAGAUCACGGAUUCGACAGAUCGCGUGCUAGUCGAGUUGUGUCCUGCGAGACACGAUCGCGCGUAUCUAGUGACGAUGACCCCGAUGCCUUUCAGCACUCUUUCUUCACCUUUCAAGCCUUUAGCUUGACUGACAAAUCUCGACGAUUCCAUCUAGCAAGCGCUCUUGUCCACUUCUGGGCCAAGAGCAGCAAGCACCUUCGAGUAGAAGCCGUUCGUCCAGACAGCCCCUAUCUCAAAGGCCAUUUUGCGCCCGACUCGGUGCUUACAUCCACCCAUUUCAUUUCGAACGUCUACUCCGGCGACCUGAAGGCUUCAGACCAGUACUUGGUGCUGCAGGCAGCUGGGAAGCGAAAUUUGGGGCCCUUCGCACUCCCGACCCCUGCCAUGCAAGAGGGCUCCGCACUUGGUGGGCCAUUUCUUCCUCUAGAGUGCACUCUCAGCGAAGUUCAUCACCGUAUGGGCCAGGGUUCAAUCUGGACAAUCGGCUUGACUUUGAUGCCUGUAUCCAUCGACCGUAAUGGCAAGAAGUCCUGCUACAGGCUGUAUGCCUUUCCCAAACAUUGGCAGACAGACCUACUAGUCCAACCCGCCUACACCCUCCUUAGAACUUCCUCGGCUACCAUGGCCAGCAUCACCACUCCCAUUCGUGAGAACUUCAUGGCCCGGGAGUGGAGAAGCAUGUCUUCUCAAACUGUCUGGCUCUAUGGUAAAGUCGCUUACCAUGUUGGCAUCAAACUCGGAAUACCAACGGGAAAGAUGCAUCCCGGCUGGACCACGCAUCUUCCUGGCAAAGACGGCCUCCUCUGCAAGAGAUAUGGCUACCAUGACCUCAUCAAAACCCAAUCCGGGCCUAUAGCUCGCGCUGUCAGAACCAACACGCCGCUGCUAGACAUGGCUUUCCCACUGGUCGACUCCGAAAUCACCUUCCUCGAUGCCGACGACAUUGACACAUCUAUGGACAAUCCCAUAAGUUCUCUUGCCAUAGAUCUCAGCGAGGGGUUUGAACUUGCUGUGGAUGCUUCCGGCAAUGGGGGGUCCGGUGGUGGAGGGUCUGGCAAUUUCGUGUGCCUGUUCUUCGACGACGACGACGACGACGGCGAUAACAACGGCGAUAACAACGGCGAUAACAACGACGAUAAUGGCGAUAACGACGACUUGUUCAAAGACGACAAUAACAAUAGAUCUACGAAGCCCUAG